UCUAGCCUUACGCAUGCGCACUGACAUUUGUGUCGUCGUUGAGAGCUCAAUAAGCAAAGCUUAGAAUUAUAUUUCCAAAGUGAGUUUAAGGGUUUAUACACUCAAAUCUGAGAAUUAAAAAAGUUGCUUGCUUGCUACUUGCUGAAGAAUGUCAGAAGAGCCGGCUGAAUGUCCCUUGUGCAUGGAAGCACUUGAGAUUGACGAUCACAGCUUUUUUCCAUGUACAUGUGGGUAUCAGAUUUGUCGUUUUUGCUGGCAUAGAAUUCGUACAGAUGAAAAUGGUUUAUGUCCAGCUUGUAGGAAGCAAUAUCCAGAAGACCCUGCAGAGUUUAAACCUUUAACAGAGGAUGAAUUACAAAACAUCAAGAAAGAGAGAAAACAAAAAGAUGUUCAACGAAAACAAAAGGCUGCAGAAAACAGAAAGCACUUAGCCAAUGUCAGGGUUGUACAGAGAAACCUGGUGUUUGUUGUAGGUCUGUCUCCUCGCUUAGCUGAUCCUGAAGUGCUCAAAAAACAUGAAUAUUUCGGCAAGUUUGGGAAGAUACAUAAAGUGGUGAUAAAUCAGAGCACUUCAUAUGCUGGCUCUCAGGGUCCAAGUGCAAGUGCCUAUGUUACUUAUGUAAAACCUGAAGAUGCUCUCAGAGCAAUUUUAACAGUAAAUAAUGUUCAUGUGGAGGGACGGACAUUAAAAACAUCACUAGGCACUACGAAAUAUUGCAGUCAUUUUUUAAAAGGCUCACACUGUCAGAAGAAUGAUUGUAUGUACUUACAUGAGCUUGGGGAAGAGGCUGCCAGCUUUACUAAAGAUGAAAUGCAAGCUGGAAAACAUCAAGAGUAUGAACAAAUGCUAAUAGAACAGUUUUUAAAUGCUCAGAAUUCAGCAAAUAACCAUCAUAUAGCAAAUAACAAGAUAAAAAAGUCUGUAUCACCUCAAGCAAUAGAGAAUGCAGAGGUUAUACCAUCUUUGAUGGAUAUGACUGGUGAUAUCAAACAUACAUUAUCCAACGCUGGGCCUUUAUUACCUAAUCCUGUUCAUAAUCAUACUGGUGGUGGGGCAGCUAAUGGGCAUGCUCACUUUAAUAAUUCAAAUUCUGUUUGGCCUGUGUUAGAUGGAGCCAGUUCGCCUGCGCAUGUAAAUGGAACAAAAAAUGACCACACAUCAAAUAAUGUUAGUAGAGCACAGGGUGUGGGCAGUAAACUUCAACACAGAACUAACACCCCACCGGGCAGUGGGGGAGGUAGUAGUGCUAGCCGUGCUGUUGGUAAUGGGCGUCAGAGAGGCAGUAACUCUCUUAACAGUUCUGAGGAAAAUCAUAUACAAAAUCAAAAAAAUGUAGGAAGUGGCAAUAGAUCUCCAACCUCUACACCACCUGGAGAUGUUGAAAAGAAUUCACCGAAUGAUCAGGUCAAUCACAGAGGUCUUCCACUUCCCACACCCAGCACCAGUCAGCCAGUAUCCCCCAGAGCAGGAGGCUCAAUUACAACUUCACAGAUGACCACGCCAAAUUCAAAUACAGUACCAAUCAUCAGUACACAAUUGCAGCAACAGCAACAUGCUGACUUGAGCUCAACAGUUGGUGCUAUUGGUUCAAAUCGCAGGCCUGGUUUGCAAGAAGGCAACAGUGCCCAAGGUCUUUCAUUUUUUGAAAUGCCCAAUGUGUCACUAGUUAAUCAUGAAAUGGCUGAUACACUCCCUGUGUCAACCUCAACUGAUUGGGUAGAAGCAUUUGGUUUGAAAAAUAAGGAAUUACCACCAGAAGAUGACUUAGGUUUUGACCCUUGUGCAGAAUCAUUUAAGGGCUUGGCAGAUUUGAUAGAAAAGGAAAAUGGAAUGCAGCAACAGCAGCAUCUUCAUCUUUUACAAUCAGCACACAGCCGUCUUGGAUCUCCACCCCAAACCAGCUAUCCCCCCCACCCUUUGUCUCAGUCACCCUUACAAAACAAUACUCUACUCCGGAGUCUUCCUCCAGGCUUCUCCAUCUCUCACAUACAACAGCAACAACUGCAACAGCAGCAUUAUUUCCGACCUGAUAUAUCAAAUUCCAAAAUGCCAGACAUUCUGCCCCAGUUUUCUCUAAAUGCACAGAGAUUUGCUCCUUUACAUUAUCAUAGUAUGCCUUUAGACUUGCAUACCCCACAGCACCAACAUCAACCUCAGAGAGAGUUGUAUAAUAUGAAAGACAUGCAAGAACAGCUGCGCUCUAUGCUGCCCAAUAUAAACAUCAGCUUUGGUUCUAUUCCCCACCAGCAGCAGCAACAACAACAAGCUCAGCAACACCAGCUACAGCAGGUUCCUACCUCACUAUUUUCACAACAGAGUCAGCAUUUAAAUAAAAGUUGGCCACUGUCAAGCUCCCCAGACUCAUCUCCAUGGAAUGAUCCUGCAAUUGUAAGCACCAGCCAAUUGACUGAAUCUGGAAGUCUUUUCCCAGAGACAAGUGCUCCUCAUUGGCUCAAAUCUUUACAGCACCUGACAGAGUCUGAUGGCCCAAGUCACAGAUUGCCCUUUGUGCAACAGUUUCCACUUGGUGGGAAUGGAGGAUGGCCCCCUCACACCCACAAUCCUCCUCCAGGCUUUAGAGCAGCAGGCCUGGGCAGUCAAGCUAACACAGACACUCACCAAAUGGCAGAGGUUCUUCAAUAAAUUUCACAUAAGUGGUCUGUUUCUUCUGCAAGUUUAUUUCACAACUGUUUCAAGUUCAAGCUACAAGAAAAUCCGGAUGAAGAUUUGGGCUUUUAUUAGACAGCCUCACACACAAAUAGUUCAUAUUGUUUUAAUCAAUGUCACACCUUAGUUGCAUCCCCAUGUCUUUUUAAGAUUUGACUUUUUUUUUUUUUU